AUGAGAGUUCUUGCGCUACGAGCUCACAAGGCUUCAAUUACUUGCAUCUUGCCACUCUCUGAGGAUAAUGUACUCACGUCAGACCAGUCUGGCUUUGUUAUAAAGUGGAGCUUGUCAACAAAACGACCAAUUCUACAAUGGUUGGCACACACUGACUCAAUCUUGACAUUAUUGAAAUGGGGUAAAUACAUCAUAACCCAUUCUCGUGAUUCAACUGUUAAAAUCUGGACGGAUGACAAACUACAGUAUGAGUUUCCUGUCAAUGCAUUGAAUUUUUCAAAUGUUGUACUAUUUCAGGAACGUUAUUUGAUUACUCCAGCGACGACAGACUCGAACAACAUUGAUGUUUACCGGCUCCAUGAAGAUUCUAUAACUAUCACACGUGAGGUGGCCAAUUUUUCUCCAUACGACCUAAUACACAAGUUAAACUUUGCUAGUAUAGAAGGGAGAAACGAUUUUGGAAUUAUUAUGAAGAUGCUCAUCAUUGGCAACGUCCUUUACAUCGGCUACGAAUCAGGAGACAUAGUAGGACUAAGCAUCACAAUACCGCAACCUUCCAUUACUCAAAGCGCAACCUCAACACUGCUUAUAAACAAAGACAUCAAACUAAGACUUGAGUACCACAAUUCAACUCAUAUGCCGAACCCUAUUAUAUCUUUAGCUAACCUUAAUGGUAUUCUUGUAUCAGGGUCAACAGGUCAAAAAGUUACCAUUCACAAGGAUCCAGUCGACGUUUGCAAGUUCAACGAAUCGGGAAUCCAAUCUAUAGUUCCAUACAACGAGCAUCUUAUUGUGGGGUUUUGGAAUGGAGUUAUCCAACUGGUGAAUGAGACUAUUGAGCGCUCUCUACCUCAUUUGGACGCAAAAGACAUGAAAACGAGGGUAAAGUUGAGUUACAUGUGCAUGUUUAACAAAUCUGAGUCAAAAGAUGUCCAAAAGUACUCAACGCUAGUAAAGCAAAAGAAGUACGGAGACUUGUUGUUGGUGGGCUAUGAGGAUGGAUCUGUUGUCGGGUAUUCUGUUUAG